AUUGAGAGAGCCAUUGGAGAGUCAUUGGGACCAGACCCCUCGAGCUGGGAAAAGAUGAGAAAUUUGUUCAACAGAACAAUGAAUUUUAGAAGGGAUUCAGAUAUCAUUGUCAGGCAUGGUUAUGUAAAAAAGCGAGAUACCCCCCUUUCCUCAGAGGAGAGUAAGAAUAUAUACAGUUCUACGCCAAGUCCAAACUUCAAACAUUACAACUUCACCUACUUUCAACAGGCUAAAAAAAUGCCUGUAUCUCCGAUAGUUUGGUUUGUCUCGCAUUGUGGCACCCCCAGUGGUCGGGAGAAAUAUGUAAAAAUUCUCCGCGACUAUAUCGGUGUGGAUAUCUAUGGUAAAUGUGGCCGCAACAAGUGUGGUAGAGUUAAAAAUGUUGAAGUGAAAUAUUCCGUUGAUGAAGAUCCAUGUUUUACAAUGGUGAACUCAAGAUAUAAGUUUUACAUCAGUUUUGAGAACUCAAUCUGUAAAGAUUACAUCACAGAGAAAACAUAUAAUGCUCUUAAACUCAAUACAAUUCCAAUUGUUUUAGGAGGCGUUAAUUAUACAAGAGAGCUUCCUCCUGGAUCAUUUAUAAAUGCAGGAGAAUUUUCUUCUCCAGAAGAUCUCUCAAAGCAUCUUUACUAUUUGCUUCAGGAUGAUGAAGCAUUUAAUAAGUAUUUUGAAUGGAGAAAAGAUUAUGAUGUUUACAGCUUUUCUAGUGUGCCAGAUCCAUGUGAACUCUGCUCUAAGUUGAACUCAGGAGAGCUAGCUGAGUAUAAAUUAUAUUCACACUUCUAUGUUUAUAUAUUGUAUAGAUCCAUGUGAACUCUGCUCUAAGUUGAACUCAGGAGAGCUAGCUGAGUAUAAAGUAUAUUCAAACUUCUAUGACUGGUUUGUUGUACGUUCUGGGUGCAUCUUUACUAGCAGUAGGACGGAUUUCAAGGAUCCCUGGUUACUAGCUGGGGCUAGAUCUCACACAACCAGUAAUAUCACAGCUGCUGCUGUCAGGGAGUCAACAGCUGUCUGGUUUACUCGUAUUUCAUAAAAGCAGAUAUUUCAAACAAAAUCACUUAUUUAAAGGGAUUGUAGACCUAACUUUAAAGGGAGUGUUCACGAAAAAUAAAAGGGGAUUUAGGCUAACGUCGCAUAGAAUUCGAUGGUAAUCGCUACAAAUCUCACUUCUAUCUGUUGCGCCUUUAAGGAGAAAACGGUUAAACACGGCUCAUACAAAAGAACGUAGCGUCCAUACAAAUUCACAAAGUUGCAUUAUUCGACUAAGAUCCUAAAUAAUCCAAUUAAAUCUAAAUUAAUCAUUCAGAUAUUGCAACCUAUUAUCAUCGAAUUCAAUUCGAUUCAG